CAGUUUGCCUCACUUCCUCUCCACCUGCCAGCACUGCUCGAGCCUGCCUGCUCUGAUCCAGAUCCACGGCCAUUCAGGAAACAUGAGGGCCCUGUGGGAGACAGCUGAGCACCUCGCCAGGACCAGGUUCAAGGAGGACAGGGAUUCUCGUUCCCAUUCGUUCCUGUUUCUCCAAUGGUGCAAGUCCUGGCACUUGCUGCUCUCCAAGGCCCUCCACCCCCUGCAGGCUGCCUGGGUCGCCUUCUCUCAGCCGGUCCCAACCAGCUGUGGCCACCUGCUGACCCAGCUCCUGCUGUGCAGUUCCCUGGCUGUCGCUGCCGCGGGUCUGACCCACCACUGGCUGGUGUCCUCGCUGCUUUACCCUCCGGGACCCUCCGCCACAGUGGCCACCGUCUGGGGCCUCCUGGUCUUCCUAGUGCUGGGCCUGGUGCCCCCGGCCCGCUGCCUGUUUGCACUCAACAUCCCUACCCUGGGCACGGAGCAGGGCCGCCGCCUGCUUCUCUCCUGGAGCACAGCCACCCUGGGUGUCGCCGUGGUGCCCAACGUCUUAGCCAACAUGGGUGCAGCGGGACAGGUGCUGAGAUGCGUCACAGAGGGCUCCCUGGAGAGUCUUCUCAAUACCACUCGACAGCUUCACGCAGCGUCCAGGGCUCUGGGCCCUGCCAGGCACGUGGGCAGCCACGGCUUGACCCUGCAGGCCCAGGGCAAUGGCUCUGUGUUCCGGCUUCAUAUGCUCAGGGUCACCCGGCAGGUGCUGGAGGACUUCUCCAGCCUGGAGUCCCUGGCUCGGGCAGCCGUGUUCGGGACCCAGCAGGUGGUUGCCGGGCUCUUUAUGAUGGGCCUCCUGGUGGACUCGGGCUGGUAUCUCCAUCGCUACCUGACCGAUCUGCGGUUUGACAACAACUACGUGACCCGGCAGCUGGCUUGGCAGCUGGCGGAGACCCAGGCCACGUACUUGGUGGCCUCCCCACCAGCCUGGCUGCUCUGGGCCGCCCGGCCGAGGCUGUCCCAGGGGGAGCUGCUGAGUUGUCUCCUGAGGUUGGGGCUGCUCUCGCUGUUCCUGAUGGUCACAGCUGUGAUGGUGGCCACAGACCACGUGGCCUUUCUGCUGGCUCAGGCGGCCGUGGACUGGGCUCAGAAACUGCCUGCCGUGCCCAUCACGCUCACGGUUGAGUAUGACGCCACAUACACAGUCCUUGGUUUCAUCUUCUUCCUCUUCAACCAGCCACCUCCGGAGAGCCUCUACCUCUCCGCUCACAACUCCUUCCAGUGGGAGCUCCGCUUCACCUCCCCGGGCUGCCCGCUGCUGCCCGCCCAGAGCCCCCACACUACUGCCUGCCUGACUGCCGGGGCCCUGCAGCUGGUGGCUGGAGCCACCGUCCUGCUGGAGACCUAUGCCCGGCGCCUGCGGCACACCAUCGCCGCCUCCUUCUUCUCUGCCCAGGAGGCAAGGAGAGUCCACCACCUGCACGCCCGGCUCCAGCGCAGAUAUGAGAGGCACGGAGGCCAGCGGCUGCCCCUGGGGCCUCCUUCCAGCUCUCAGACCCCGGUCUACCAGCACGCACCCAGCUUGGAUAGACAGGCCAACCACACGCUGGCCACUGGAAGGAACCGAGAGCACGCGGCAGAGGGUUAAGAGUCUGGGAGCCGCACAGACCUUGGUCCUCCUGCUGCCUUCUAUGUGACCUCGGGUAAAUGACUUCACCUCUCUGAGCCCCCGUUUCUACACCUGCAUAGUGACUGACCUAAAAACCACCCACGUGACCUACUUUCCAUGUGUGGCUGUGGAAAGGAAGGAAUGUGAUACUGGGCACAGCAGGCUUGAAGAAGCAGUAAAGGCCUCUGCACAGUGAAGACCAGCAAGGGCAGAGACAGCCCGAGGUUCCCCCCUCCCCCCAGGAAGCUGGGGGUCAGCCUGGGCUCUCUUCUGCAUACACUGCUUUCCCUAGUGUAUGGAAACUUUACUUAGUGAAUGUAUCUAAAUGCUCCUGGAACUUACUCAUACAUCCCCCAAAAUCCUCUUACAUUUAGCCAUCUAAAAUUUUCUUGAUUUUAUAAACGGAGUAUUUAUUAAAUCCUA